GUUCCAUACUGAGCAGAGGGGCAGACAGCAAGCAUUGUCGAUCACUGUGCUCUAACCAGUAGUAAGGAGAGCUUCAAAGACACGUUCAUUCAAAAACAUGAACUCAUUCACAGUCUUCGGUCCUGUUCUGUUGAUUUGGUCUUGCCACUUUAAGACAAGUUGGUCCAAUGUGACUACAGAUUAUGAAGAUCUUUUCACCUCCAACUUUGAUUAUGAUAAGUAUGUAAGUCUGUGCGAGAAAGAUGCCAACCGAAACUUCCGCUCCUGGUUCCUACCCACAGCUUAUAGCAUCAUCUGCUUCCUGGCUCUCUUGGGAAACUUCCUGGUCAUCCUCACCUACCUUUAUUUCAAGCGGCUUAAGACGAUGACUGACAUCUUUCUGCUGAACCUGGCCGUGGCUGACCUGCUCUUUGCUCUCUCUCUGCCCUUUUGGGCAGCCAGCGUCAUGUCCAAAUGGCCUCUUGGCCAGUUUCCGUGCACGGCCAUGCACGCCAUCUACAAGAUCAGCUUCUUCAGUGGGAUGUUCCUACUGACCUGCAUCAGUGUGGACAGGUACUUUUCCAUCACCAAAGCCGUGUCUGCCCACCGCUGUCGCUCCAGCGCCAUGCAAUAUGGACGGGUAUCUUCAAUGGUCACUUGGGUGAUGGCUGUGGUCUUUUCACUGCCAGAGAUCAUCUACUCCGGCGUCAACGGCAACAACACCUGUGUGGCAUUCACAAAAGGGCACGAAGACCUAAGGAUCUCCAUGCAAGUCAGCCAGAUGGUCCUUGGUUUUGUGCUGCCAGCACUGGUCAUGGGCUUCUGUUACAGCUGCAUCAUCAAGACCCUCAUGCAGGCCAGGAACUUUGAGAAGAACAAAGCCCUGAAGGUCAUCUUUGCUGUGGUGGCCGUUUUUAUUGCUAGCCAGCUGCCGUAUAACGUGGUGAUGGGCCUGACCACACAAACCAACACCGCCUGUGACUAUGACAACCGCCUCCUUUAUGCCAUGGACGUGACCCGUGGCAUUGCCUUCCUGCGCUGCUGUGUCAACCCCUUCUUGUACGCCUUCAUUGGAGUGAAGUUUCGCAAUGAUCUCCUGAAGCUGAUGAAGGAUAUGGGAUGUAUCAGCCAGAGGCACGUCAUAUAUUCCUGUGGCAAGCGCAAGUCCUCAGCUGGAUUCGAGACCGAAACUACCACCUCGUUCUCCCCCUGAACCUGUAUUAUGUUUUCCUGCCCAUAAUCCUAUAUCGCAAAGCUUUGCUCUUUCAUAUUUCCUUGAAUGCAGUGUUGUUUAGCCCCCUCAAACCCUAAUGCACACACAUUUUCUAAGCUACUUGUCCUUCUGGGUUGUGGGGGUGCUGGAGUGGUUGCCAGUCCAUCACAGGGCUACUAUAACUACAUAACUUUCAAAUUGUUUUAUAGUAGUUGCUGAAUUAGUUUUAGUAUUAAUAACUGACUAAUAAACCUGGGGUUCAGUCUUUAACUCUUUAAACUCCAGGCUUUUUAUUCAUUUAUUAUUUAUUUAGGAAAUUAUUUUGGGUUGUAACUGAUUGAACGUAGUAUCUCAAUUAGAGCAGGGUUAGGAUUAGAAUUAGUACCAGGGUUAGGUUUAGGACCAGGACUAGGGUUAGAUUUAGGAUUAAGACUAGGUUUAGGCUUAUUUUAAGAAAAUGAAAGUAAAUAUUAACGUUUAAUAGAUGUUUUCUUGAAAAUGAAACAAAUAUUUCUGCAAAGCAUCUACAGUGGGCUGUCCAAAUAAAGCGUUAGCAUUUUUUGAUGACUACUGUGAAACUGUUGUGUUGGGUUUAUGGUUAAUAAAAUGAGGAACUGAAAUCUGUACUUGCUGAUGGAUCCGUUAGGGGGUAAGUAGGACUUUGUUAGAGUUUUUUUUUUUUUCAUGAAUUUUUUUAUUUCAUUGUGAUUUGUCUCGUUCCAUACAGCUUUAUCAUGUAUACAAAGAUUUUCAGGGUGUUUUUAAUGUAGAAGAAGACUUCAGCUGCUGAAUUCUGUAAUGUUUAUUGAUUCACUAUUUCGAAAAUGUACAUUCUCUGGAGUACCCUUUAAAUAUUAAAUCAAAUCUAGUAUAUAAAAUAAAUAACCUGAGUUACACCUUCAUCAAAGUGAAAGGUCACAGAAACCUGCUGAUGAUACUCCUGCUGCACCUUAUUCAAUAGGACUACUUUGUUAAGAGCUGUUUCUAUUCAAGCAGUUCCAAUGUGAUCUGUCUUAUGUUUCAUUUUACAUUGCUUUAUCAUGUAUAAAAGCGCUUUUCAGGAUGUGUCUGGCAAGUUGGAGACAACUUCUACAGUGUUACUGA